AUGGCCAAUUUUUUUGUUAGACUGUGGGAAAGUGUAUUUGAACCAGGGACCUCCCCCCAGCUGAUCAUCGCCACACACGUAUCUUUUGUUGCACUACUACUGACCCUCAUCUGGCUCAUCUAUGCCACAAACGGGAAUAUCCACUUCUAUGCUCUUUUCUGUAUAUCACUUUUACUAUGGAUUACCGUUAUCUGGUUUAUAAACGAAUUAUCACACGUCAAAUUGAAGGAUAAUGAUGAGCUGGAUAAAGAUGCCAAUAAAAAGGACGACAGUGCCAUCAAGGAAGACAGCGAAGACAAGCAAGAAAGCGGGAAAUCCACUAGUACUGCCAGACGGACUCAAGCACAAUCUAGGUCAAGAAAAGCAUAG